CAACCGCAAUGUUUCCCCUGGAUACCAUUUUCUUGUUAGCUACAGGACACGAACUGAGACCGCCCCACACAUGCAUUCACCUGAUGAAAACCAGUUCUCAUGUGCCAGACAGUCUCUGUGGAGCCUCAUCACUAAGUAUGUCUCAGAGUCAGAGUUGCUGAAGAUCCAUGCAGCUUUGGGUGACCCUCUGGUCGACAUGUACACAGAGGUUCACUCAGAGGCAGAGAUGUGGCACAAGAAGUGGCAGGAGAGUCUGUGUUAUGGGAGCCACCAACUGCAGGGUUCCCCUCUUUCUGACCCGCCUGUUGUGAAAGAGUUGGUGAGAGGUGAGGUCAAGAUACUACUGGAGACACUCAAAGGAAGAGCCAACAACAGUGAAAGAGACAGUGAGGAGCUCCUGCUUCGAUAUAAACCUGAGACUCUAAGCUACGUGCUUAGUCACCAGGAGAUUGGUUAUCGCAGAUCCUCCAACCUCAAAAAUGCUGAUAACUUCCACAGGCUUAGCUCUUGUUCUUCUGUCAUGUCCAGCGCUGGAAGUGAGAUUGAAGCAGUUAAAGAUAUGCUGAAUGUCACUGAGAUUCACAGAGUGAUCACUCCACUCAGAUGUGUCCUCUUGGAGGAAUGUGAAGCAUUGACUAAAAUGACAAAGCGUUUCAAGGAAAACAUCAAAUUGAAGUGUAUAAGUCACUUAAAUAAGCCUGAGCCUUCGCUUACAGAGCUGAAAGAACUCAGAGCCGCCAUACAAACAGACUUGAAGCUCCUACCUUCAUCUUCUGGAGCCUCAUCCUCUUCGAGUAAGAAGAAAAGUUGCAGAUUUCCAGCUGAAUCUGGUUCAUUUACUCGCUUAGCUCCUACUCCUAAAUCAGGCUUGAGACUAAAUCUGCUUCCACUGUGGCAGCCCAAACCCAGGCCACCAAGUCAUGAUCCUCCUACCAGGACCUCAUCAGUGCGGACUCUUGGUUUGCAUCGUUCCACAUCAGCCUCUCAUGAAUCAGUUAAACAUACCAGCGGGGACAGGUUGGACACUAACCUGAAAGUAACUAAAAGCCAAGAGAACUCUAGUUUUUCCACAAAGCCAGACUUUACCGACCCUCUCUGCAGGACUUGUUCAGGACUUCACAUUAUCUCUGAGAGAGACUCAGCCUCCCAUCAAUCAUCACAAUGCUCUGUUCACAGACCGAGCACAGAUUCCGAUUGGUCACCACACAGGGAGAGAAAAAUCAGUGCUCUUUGUUCAAGAAAUAUAAACUUCACCCCCUCGCCUCCUCCUCCUUUGGGUCAGCAAUGUGACGCAGGCAGCAGGAGCAGCAGCAGCAGCAGUAGUCCCACUGACCAUUCUGUGUCUGCGAAUGGUAAAAUAAAACCAGAUGACAGGGAUAACAAUUGUAGUAGUGGGAGAAACUUGGUGUUAACUGUACUGCAGAAAGAUAUGUCUGAACAGACCAGUGGAAUCUCCCACAUAUCUGGACGUUUUGAUCAAUGUGGCAGCAAGAAAAACAAAAGUCAGGGAGAAAUAGAAAUAGUUGCCUAAGAGAAAAUACCAACAAUCAAAGUCAAGAUAGCGUCAGCAUCACAGAUGACUCGUGACAUUAUCCAAAGACAGUGAGAUAUGUCCUCAACCACAGCAGAGAAAAAACUUUAAUUCACCAGAAAAACUACAACCAAGAAAACUUGAGGAGCAAUGUUUCUAAAUAUAUUUUCACAGCCAGUCCUUCAAUGUUAACAUCUUUCACUAAUAAAAUGUCUGAGAUAAGAUUAAGGUUAAACUUCACAGAUUUGCUAAAAUAUUUUUGAGGAAGAGGACUUAACUUUGGUAAAGUCUAUGUUUAUGUGGCAAAAAGCUGCCUUGUUGAAAUACAAGUCCUAUGCUGCCUGCGACUACCUAAAAUAAAGUACUGACGAGAGAUAAUCUUAAAUACAAGCUUUGAAUUUGUGUUGUUUGUUGUUUUUUCGGGCUCCACAAAAAAAAUGUUUUCUGGAUUAUGGCUAAGUUAUCCUGUUUUCACCUUGCUGAGCAUUGUAUAUCAUACACAGAAUAAACCAAUUUUUGUUUCUUUUGAUUCUCACCUAGACUUUUGAGUGUUGAAGUGUUUUUAUAUGUCUGUUGUUAUGUUUAUAAAAAAAAACAGCUAACAUUUUUGGUUGAUGACAUGUGGUAAAAAAAAAUUUUUUAUCAUAAAUAUUGAUCCUUAUUAUCACACUAUUGUCAAAACAAGUAAGAAUAUUCUCUAUUUAUAAAAAUGUUCUUCACACAGUUAAAUCAUUAAUGCAACUGCCAUGUUUGCAGUCUUAUUUUUGGGGGUUACUUAAUGUCUUAAACAAUUAGAAAUGUGGUCACCUUAAUUUCAAAAAGUUACUCAAAUUUUAAAUAAAAAGUGUUAAACUAUAA